GAAGCUGGCUGUGGAAGUAGCUUCUUGCAGUUCAGUUAGCGUGUGUCUACAUUUCUGAUCUAGUUUGCAGAAAUGGCAGCUAGAUAUGACAGAGCGAUAACAGUGUUCUCUCCUGACGGUCACCUGUUUCAGGUAGAAUAUGCUCAAGAAGCAGUGAAGAAGGGCUCAACCGCUGUUGGAAUCAGGGGGAAAGACAUCGUUGUCUUGGGUGUUGAGAAAAAAUCGGUGGCCAAGCUGCAAGAAGAAAGGACUGUUAGGAAGAUCUGUGCUCUUGAUGAGCAUGUUUGUAUGGCCUUUGCAGGUCUCACAGCUGAUGCAAGGAUUGUCAUUAACAGAGCAAGAGUUGAGUGCCAGAGCCACAGACUUACAGUAGAAGACCCUGUUACUGUAGAGUACAUCACCCGGUACAUUGCAACUCUUAAACAGCGUUAUACCCAAAGCAAUGGACGUCGCCCUUUUGGUAUCUCUGCUCUGAUAGUGGGCUUUGACUUUGAUGGGACUCCACGUUUGUAUCAGACAGACCCUUCAGGAACUUACCAUGCAUGGAAGGCAAAUGCAAUUGGACGCAGUGCUAAAACAGUGAGGGAGUUCUUGGAAAAGAACUACACAGAUGAAGCCAUUGCCAGUGACAAUGAUGCAGUCAAACUUGCUAUUAAAGCUCUGCUUGAGGUUGUCCAGUCUGGUGGGAAGAACAUUGAAUUGGCUGUGAUCAGGAGAAACCAGCCUCUUAAGAUUCUAGAGUCAAAAGAGAUUGAGACGCUGGUUGCUGAAAUUGAAAAGGAGAAAGAGGAGGAAGUUGAGAAAAAGAAGCAAAAGAAGUCCACAUAAGUCACAGACGUUUUCAGACCGACUGAUAUUCUGUUAGUUUUGUUUGUAUGGGCAUAAGCACUUCACUAGGACCUACAUUUACCUUCACACUGGCCGACUUUCUCUACCCCUGAUAUUAAGGAGCGCUAUCUGUAUUUCUACUCCCCUUAAAAGCAGCGUUUGUCAAGAUAUUUUCUUAAAAUGUCCUGGAUCCUUGAACUAUGUACAAUUUCGAUUAUGUUGGUUUGAUUAAAUGUGCUGCUUGACUUUACUUCAGGAUUUUGAGAGAAUGUGCUUAAACUGACAUGCCCAAAUAAAGUUUUGUGGUUUGUA